UUUUAUGAAUGAACCAUUUCAAUGGAGUAGUUCAUUCUGUUUGGAUUGCGUCAUUUUGCAGUUAUAUUUUUACCAUUAAAUAAAUAAUAAUUAGGUAAAAUGUUGACCGCAACGCGAAUAUUAUCCAGAGGAUGUUCCGGAAUUAAUCGGGAUAUUUCCAGGCGAAAUCGAUUUAGUACACUUUUGAAAAAUAGAACAAGUCCUGUGCUUUCUAUUUCACCUGAAAAGAUUUCUGAUUUACAAUGUCGACACAAGACGGAUGGCGUGAAGGGAGCAGUCAUCGGAAUAGAUUUAGGAACAACUUUUUCUUGUGUUGCUGUGAUGGAGGGUAAACAAGCGAAAGUUAUUGAAAAUGCAGAAGGUUCAAGAACAACUCCUUCCUAUGUUGCUUUUACAAAAGAUGGAGAGCGUUUAGUUGGAAUGCCAGCGAAACGUCAAGCUGUAACAAAUUCAUCGAAUACAUUUUAUGCAACCAAGCGACUUAUUGGUAGAAAAUUCGAUGAUACAGAAGUAAAAAAAGAAAUGAAAACGGUAUCAUAUAAAAUUGUAAAAGCAUCGAAUGGCGAUGCAUGGGUGCAAGGAACAGAUGGAAAAAUGUAUUCACCGAGUCAAAUUGGAGCAUUUGUAUUGAUAAAAAUGAAAGAAACAGCUGAGGCCUAUUUAAAUACACCGGCAAAAAAUGCUGUUGUAACUGUUCCUGCUUAUUUCAAUGAUUCACAAAGACAAGCAACUAAGGAUGCUGGACAAAUUGCUGGUCUCAAUGUUCUUCGUGUAAUAAAUGAACCAACAGCAGCGGCUCUUGCCUAUGGCUUGGAUAAGACUGAAGAUAAAAUAAUUGCAGUGUACGAUUUAGGCGGUGGUACAUUUGAUAUUUCUAUUUUGGAAAUACAAAAAGGUGUUUUUGAAGUUAAAUCAACUAAUGGCGAUACAUUUUUGGGCGGUGAGGAUUUUGACAAUGCUUUGGUGAAUUUUCUAGUCACUGAAUUUAAACGUGAUCAAGGUCUUGAUAUAUCAAAAGAUGCGAUGGCAAUGCAACGUUUAAAAGAAGCGGCUGAGAAGGCAAAAAUUGAACUUUCUAGUUCAUUGCAAACCGAUAUUAAUCUUCCAUAUUUAACAAUGGAUUCCAGUGGUCCAAAACAUUUGAAUCUUAAAUUAUCGAGAAGUAAAUUUGAGAAUCUUGUCGGUGAUCUUAUUAAGAGGACAAUUCAACCUUGUCAAAAGGCUCUUAGCGAUGCGGAAGUUGCAAAAUCUGAUAUUGGCGAAGUAUUAUUAGUGGGAGGAAUGACGAGAGUUCCAAAAGUACAACAAACAGUUCAGGAAUUAUUUGGAAGACAACCAUCACGAGCAGUUAAUCCAGAUGAAGCGGUUGCAAUUGGUGCUGCUAUUCAAGGUGGUGUUCUCGCUGGUGAUGUUACUGAUGUUUUACUCCUCGACGUUACUCCCCUUUCACUUGGUAUCGAGACACUUGGUGGAGUUUUUACAAGAUUAAUUUCACGAAAUACAACAAUUCCAACGAAAAAGAGUCAAGUAUUUUCGACGGCAGCCGAUGGACAAACUCAAGUGGAAAUUAAAGUUCAUCAAGGUGAACGUGAAAUGGCGUCUGACAAUAAAUUAUUGGGACAAUUUUCACUUGUUGGAAUUCCACCAGCACCACGAGGUGUUCCACAAGUUGAAGUAACAUUUGACAUUGAUGCCAAUGGAAUUGUUCAUGUCUCGGCUAGAGAUAAAGGAACUGGCAAAGAACAACAGAUUGUCAUUCAGUCGAGUGGUGGUUUGAGUAAAGACGAAAUUGAAAAUAUGAUUAAAAAAGCUGAGCAAUACUCAAAGGAGGAUAAAGUAAAGAAGGAGAGAGUUGAGGUUGUGAAUCAAGCUGAAGGAAUUAUUCACGAUACCGAAGCUAAAAUUGAAGAAUUUAAAGCACAAUUGCCAGAAGAAGAUUGUAACAAUUUGAAGGAGAAAAUUGAAAAAAUGAGAGAAAGUCUAUUGAAGAAAGAUGAAAUCGAUCCUGAGGAACUCAGAAAACAAACAAAUGAACUUCAACAGGCCAGUCUUAAAUUAUUUGAAAUGGCAUAUAAAAAGAUGGCUUCUGAACGAGAAAGUUCCAAUCAGAGUACUCAACAGGAGACGGAAAAUCAAGACGAGAAAAAGAAGGAAGAAAAGAAUUAAAGUAAGCCCUUAAUUCGUUAAAAAUACGCAUUUUGUUUUUAUUUUUUUUUUUUGAACUCAAAAGAAAAACAUUAUCCUAUUUUUUUUAACAUUUUACGAAUUUCGUAUCUUGUUUUUUCAAAAUUCUGAAUUUGAAAACUUACAAAAUGAUUAUGUAAAUUAUGUAAUGUACAUAUUUAAAUUGAAUGAUGUGAUUUUUAAAUACCUAUUUUACCAUGAAAAAUAGAGAUUUAUAAAAUAUU